AUGAUGGGCAAAGGCUGGAAGAUGAAGGAGGAGAGGAAGGGAAAAUGGGGCUUUCCUAGCCCCAUCUCUGUUCCGCACUAUGGGAUGCAGAGCACAAGCGAGGAGAGGUUGACAGGACAGGAGAGAGAAAGGUCAGAUCCGGACUUUGCAGACUUGGGAGUACCCCCACCGCUGCCCUCCUGUCAGUAUGACAUGGUUGGUCCAGAAGGUAUCGUUGAGUCCCUUCAGAUCACCAGAGACGGGAAGGCUGGCGCCGCCGAGGCCGUCGACUGUAAAUGGUACAUCCGUGCUCCGCCGCGCUCCAAGAUAUACCUGCGUUUUCUCGACUAUGAGAUGGCCAAUUCCAAUGAAUGCAAGCGCAACUUUGUGGCAGUAUAUGAUGGUGGCAGUUCAGUGGAAGACCUGAAGAGCAAGUUCUGCUCCACGGUGGCCAACGACAUCAUGCUGGUUUCGACGCUGGGCGUCAUCCGCAUGUGGGCAGAUGAAGCCAGCCGCAAAAGCCGCUUCCGCAUCUUAUUCACAACCUACCAAGAACGUAAGAGGCAACAGAUAUCUACCCUCGCACACAUGUGCUGUUUAUCAUAAAGAGG